AGCGGCGCUAUACGAUCAAAGUGGCUACCGCUCCAUAGAACAUAGUAAAGCGGCCACGGAAAAUGACUUCACUUUCUGACUUUCUGAAUGAAUGAAUGAAUGAAAACUGUGCUCAUUAACGCUGCUUUGCAACAUCGUUUAGGACUACACAUUACAUAGAUAGCUGAUUGACUUAGAUGGAUCAUGGGGAGCAUCCAAGCUAUGGAGGUUCCAGUGACUCUGAAGGUGCCAGUGUACGCCCUCCGACCAAACGAGUCAAAUCCAAAUCAAGGGUGUGGGAAAAAGUGGCUUGGUUUACAAGACGACCACGUCGGGAGCCUGAGGUCGAAGCGGCAUUAACCGGGGAGGAAGGUGGGGCUGCUAGAUUACCCUUAGAUGUUAUGGACAUUGAUGAUGUGCCAUCAUCCAGCUCUAGUCAUUCACCGAAUAUAAGUCAACCUCUUUCGGAGUACAGCUCAUCAAGCGAGGGUGAUAUCGCUACUUAUGAUAAGGACCCAGAGAGUAGCCAGGUUGUUUAUCAGAACUGUGUGCGACCGAGUCUGGUUAAGGCUAUGUUUGGGAAGAGUGACGGUGCCUCCGCGCAUAGUAGCAAGUCACAGGGUAACUUAAGAAAGGGAAAGAAGUGUACAAGGAAAUCCAAUCAAGAAACCCAUGAGGAUGAUGACCAGAUGUCAGGGAGGAAACCGACUUCACCAAAGGAGACCAAAGGACAUCGUGCAAUCAUCGACAAAUGGGAUUCCAAAUCAAUACCAUGUCAUUGUCCAGCAUGUUGCUCCUGUCGUCAUAGCAACUCGGACAUAAACUUUGCCAGUUGGCCGCGGAAACGAACAUGCCCGUUGCAGUUGAGCUUACGGUUGACAAAGGCUAAACUCCCGAUGGCCGUCCAGCUGGCGUCGCAAUUGAACACAAGCCCUAGGCCGAGUUCCAAAUGUAGGAAACAUCACUCUCAUUGCGAGCUCAAUGGCCAUGCGUCAUCACCAUCCCACACCAAAUCCUCUGAAAGAAAGCGAAUUCAGUCGCCAGUCAAGCACCAACAUGACACGUGCUUAUGCAGCCACAGAGUCGAACAUGAGCUCAAAUCUAGAAGCUUGCCGACUUGUGUGUCGCUAAGCUCUCCUAGUCUCCAUUCACAUAUCAGUAACUCUCAGCCAUCGUCUCCAAAUCAUCUUGCCAUCUGUAAGAAGCGUGAUGUCCACAAGAAGACCUCUAAAUCGGGCUGCUCCUCAACUACCUCUAAGACCGAGAUGCAGAAGAGGGCAAGGGAUAGUAAGGUCAAGAAUCGCGAUUGCCAUUUCGGGGUGGAAGGCUCGGUCUUCAAGCAUAGAAUGGAGAUGAUCCAGCUGUGGUUUCAUGAAUUCAACGACCAACAGAAGAACACAAUGAUGAAACGUCUCCUGGAGCAGUGUGACCUCCCACAGAUGCACAUGCUCUCUGUUACCAUGGCACCCAUCUUGCAUCAAAGCUGCCCACAUAAUUGCCAGGAUUUGUUGUCAUGGUUACCAGCUCAACUAUCACUUCGUAUUUUGACCUACUUAGAUCCAGUGAGCCUGUGCCGAUGUGCUUGUGUCAGCCAUGCGUGGCAUGAGCUAGCUAUUGAGCCAACCUUGUGGCGGACAUUAUGUCAUCUUCCUAAGUGGGCGUUACCAAAGGCUGAAGAACAGAAACAAAUGAUUAAUCACAUCUCAUCCUAUAUUCAUUGGAAGCAGGCUUUUGCGGAACGCUACCGGCUAAGACGUAACUGGCUGAAGGGAUUGUGUUCAGUACGGACAUUUGAAGGACAUACACAAGGCAUAUCAUGUGUGCAGUUUGAUGACACUAGGAUCGUUAGUGGCUCAUCAGAUAAAACCAUCAAGGUGUGGAAUAUUCGUACUAACUCUCCAUGGUCUGUGCAGACUCUAGUGGGUCACUCAGGUACAGUAAGAUGCCUGCAUCUACAGGGUAGUCAACUAGUAUCAGGCUCAACGGACCAUACUAUCAAGGUAUGGGACUUGUCCAUGCAGAAUAGCUGGUCCAGUAUAGCAUGUCGUGUUACCAUGACCGGGCAUGAAGAUACAGUACGCUGUUUACAAGUGGAUGAAGAGAAGGUAGUCAGUGGAUCGUACGAUAAAACACUGAAAGUCUGGGACAUUAGGACUGGUCUCUGUCGCCACACACUCAGAGGUCAUACAGGUGCUGUAUUGUGUCUUCAGUUUGACACAACAAAGAUCGUUUCAGGGUCGGCGGAUAAAACUAUUAAGAUUUGGAGUCUUGCUACAGGGUUGUGCCUCCGCUCAUUAGCAGGCCAUCGCGACGCUGUCACAUGUCUUCAAUUUGAUGCCAGUAAAAUCAUCAGUGGCUCAUUGGACAGGAACCUCAAGUUUUGGGAGUUGACGACGGGAUUAUGUACAAGUACCAUAGACUGGACCCACUCUGAGGGACACACAGGCGUUGUCAGGUGUCUACAGGCUGAUUCAUGGCGUGUGGUCAGCGCUGCUGAUGACCGAACACUCAAAGUAUGGAAUCUAGAGACAGGUGAACGGUUAGUCACACUGCGCCAUCACACUGAUGGCGUCACAUGUCUGCAAUUCAAUAAUACAAAGAUUGUAUCCGGAUCAUACGAUAAGACAGUACGUCUUUGGGACUUCAGCUCAGUUUAAAGUCAUCUCAAAUGUACCAGGAUUAGUGUGAACAAAUCACUCAUGACGUCACAAAUGUUUGCCUGGUGUAGACGGAGCUAGUACUCCUUGCCAAUUAUUAAUGCCAUCAACUACUUUUGUGCCAAUGUAGGGUCUAAACUGUAUGUAAUAGGUUUGUAUAGGUUUAGUUAAAGAGGGAUUGCAUAUGAUGCCAUUGACCACCAUCUUUGAUGGAACAGGGUGGAAAAGUUAUUGCGUUACUCGCUGCAUUUGACUGUAAGCCAAUGGCUACCUUUCAUGCGUGCACGUUUCAUCAAAGAUGGCUGCCAAUGCAAGGGCAUUGGAAGACUUUGGCUACAGCUAGGGCUACAUCAGCUUGAUUGCCAGUGUUGAAGAAUAGGCAGACGCACACGAUCUAGCUGUAGCUGUAUCCAAAAUUGCCGUCACGGACACGGCCGUACUGUUUGAUUCAAUCCUAUUAGGUGUGGCAUAAAACUUACCUGUGAAAGUUUCUGUUCAAAAGAUGGUUGCGCCAUUGAUUUUCAGAGUCAUUGCCAAACGUAUACCGACCGUACAAUAUCUGAUGUGUGAGUUGUCGCAUACUUAUAAUAAUGGCAGAUAAAGUAAAGAAUAAAAAUACUAAUAAAAAUGUUGUAAUUUUAGUUUAUUUCACUGUAAAUCAAGAUAAAAUUGUAUUCACUUUUGGUUAUGCAAGUCCAAACAACGCGAUUAAUGACAUCUGAAAAAUGGCAACAUAUUAGUUUGGAUACAACAUGGAAAGGUUUGCAGUAACACCAUGUAAUGACGACAGGUAUCUCUAAAUGAGUUGGGGUGGGGUUCUG